UCUCUCUGUGUGUGUGUGUGCAAGCAAUCGGUAUCCUAUUCACUUCCAAUGGCCAAAACACAGUGACAAAGAUUACCCAAUAUAGAGUAAAAUGGAAUCAGAGAGGCCCCAUCGCAGCACGGGGAGCAAUAGCAGCACCAGCGAGCUGUUCAUCUGCUUCACCUCGCGCCUCUCCUCCUCCUCCUCCAUGAAGCUCUCAUCCAAAUCCAUCCUCAGCCCAGGCCGCAGCAGAGAACCAUCCCAACUCUCUCUCUCCGCCUCUCUAAGCCGAAGGCUGAGAAGCAAUGGCAGCAUGAAGGGUGGCCAGGCCUCGCCAAUGUUCCCAACCGGGGGAAAGAAACGAGGGUGUGCUUUCGAAAACCCAGAGCCCUCGUCUCCAAAAGUGACCUGUAUUGGUCAGGUGAGGGUGAAGACGAAGAAGCAGGGGAAAAAGAUAAGAACGAGAUCGAAGAGAAUAAGCGGCGAGGCGAGCUUUCGGAGAGCGGAGCAGCAGAAUACGAGCGUUGUCACACAUCAAGACCUUAACAUGAACAUUCAGAACAAUCCGAAUAGUCAGGAGCAUCGGAACCAAAGGUGGGUGCAUCUGCCAAUAACAAUUUGCGAAGCUCUGAGGGCCUUCGGCGCCGAGUUCAAUUGUUUCCUUCCGUGCCGGUCUUCGUGUAUGACAGGGGAGAGGGAAAAGGAAGAGAAAGCGGCCGCGAGAUCGGACGGUGGUGAGAAUGGGAGCGGGAGCUCUUGCGGGGCUGUGUUUGCGAGGUGGCUGGUGGCAAUGCAAGAAAGCGAAGGCAAGGGGAGGGAGAUGGAGUUGGUGGUGCGAGAGGGAGAGGAAGAUCAGAGGGUGACGGAGAGGAGUCACAGUCUGAGGAGGAUGGAGGUUUUUGAUGAGGGGAAUGAGAUUAAGGAAGAGAUGAGUGAGGUUUUGGAGGACGAGGAAGCGAGGGUGAGUAUUUGUAUUCCGCCCAAGAAUGCUUUGUUGCUCAUGAGGUGCAGAUCUGACCCAGUGAAAAUGGCGGCCCUGGCGAAUCGGUUUUGGGAGUCUCCGGUUCAGAAAGUUGAGGACGAGCGUGGUGGUCAGGAUGAAGAUGAAAAUCAAAGAGAUGAGAAAGAAGAACAUGCGAACGUGGAAGUGGGUGAAGAAAGGCAAAGAGAACUUGAGAUCGAAACAGAGGUACAAGGGGAUGAGAUUUGUGAAACUGAUAGUGAAGAAGAAGAAGAAGAAGAAGAAGAAGAAGAAGAAGAAGAAGAAGAAGAAGAAGAAGAAGAGGAAGAAGAAGCAAACUUGGUUACGGAGGAACAAGAUGAGGAUGUAGAAGAAAACCCAGAGGUCACCGAUGAGCUACAAGUACACCCAGUAGAGCAAGAAGAAGAAGACGAAGAGAUGAACCCGGAAGUACAAGCAGAAGAAACUCCGUUGAGCUGUUCUUCACCUGAAGCUUUUGUAGAUCCAGAGAACUCAGAGAUGGAACAAAGCGUACCCAAACUGGUUCAAGAGAAUGAGUAUGUCCCAGAAGAUGAACCUGAAGCACUGUAUAAAGAAGAAGAAGAAGCAGAAGAUGCCAAAGAAGCAAGCCUUUUCUCCUCUUCCUUAGUGCCCGUGCAGUCAGAGCAAGAAACAGAAGCAGUAGAAGAAGCAAAUGGUGGAGCUUUAGCCGAAGAAAUAGAGGAGAAAGAGACACCAGAGAGGCCUCGGGAAGACGAAGAGACAGCGACCCAUCAAAGAUCCGAACCCGAAUGCCCAAAAUACAACGAAUGGGAUCCGGGCUUAGAGUCAAAGAUCCAAGAAAGUGACGCAAAGCGAGAGAGAGACAGCUCGGUCUUGCCGGAUUGCUUGCUUCUGAUGAUGUGCGAGCCAAAGUUAUCCAUGGAGGUCUCCCGGGAGACCUGGGUCUGCAGUACGGACUUCAUCCGAUGCCUCCCGGAGAGACCGGUCAAGAAAACCAACGGAGGCGAUGAGGUCAAGAAAAGAGUGAGCACGGAGGACUCUAAUCCUGCGCACCAGUUACUGCAGCCGCCGAGGUCUUCUUGUUCGUUCCCGGUGGCGGCGGCGGCUGUGGGAGCCGGCGCGUCGAUGGCGAGCAUGAUAGAGCAGAAACUGUCGGGGGCCAAGGGGUGCGAGCCGUUCGUGCUGACGCGCUGCAAGUCGGAGCCGAUGAGGUCGGCGUCUAAGCUGGCGCCGGAGGCUUGUUUCUGGAAGAAUCGGAAGCUGGAGCCGCACCACCCGGGUACGCUUGGGAUGGGCGCGGCUGGGGUUGGGUUCUGAGCCGCCGAGGUAAAUUAUGGGAAUCUAGUAAAAAAAAAAAAGAAAAAAAAAGCGAAAAACAAAGUGGGGGCACAAAUCUUUGUUUUUACUGUAGUUUGAUAGGCUGCUUUUACUGCUCUCUUCCAUGUUUGUAAAUCUUUGGUUAAUGAUUUCGGAGCAAUUCUUUGUUAUUUUCUUUAA